GGAGCAGAAUUAGUUUUAUUAUUUUCAAGAUUUUAACUAAUUUAUUAUUAUUUAUGAAGUAAUACAGGAAAGGGUGGAGAUGAGUCGGUCUUAUAGAUUAUUUUCAUUUACCACGGUAACUUAUGUUUUCUACAAAACUGAAGGAAUACAUAAAACACAAUUGAAUCAGUUUUUGUUAUCUAGGUUAUGUAGUUUCCAAACUAAGGAAUCUUCAGUUUCUGGUUCUAGCAAUAUUUUGAGUAUUUUGAAAAGUAAAAUAAAAACAUCAGGUCCAGUAACAGUUGCUGAUUAUAUGAAAAUUGUUCUCACAAACCCUUCACAUGGAUACUAUAUGAACAGAGAUGUAUUCGGAAAACAGGGUGACUUCACAACUUCUCCUGAAAUUAGUCAGUUGUUUGGUGAGAUGAUUGCAAUAUGGUUCAUCAAUGAAUGGGCAAGACUGGGUCGCCCUAAGCCUUUACAAAUUAUAGAACUUGGACCUGGCCGAGGAACUAUGAUCUCAGAUAUAUUAAGGGUAUUCUCUAAAUUAAGAAUGACAGACCAGGUGUCAUGUCAUUUGGUUGAGAUUAGCUCUGAGCUUAGUACACUGCAGUCCAAGGCACUGUGUGAGGGGACCAAAGAUUUGGAUGAUAAAAGUCCGUGUUACAAGACAGGCAUGUCCAACUUCGGGAUACCUGUCCACUGGUACAAAUCAGCGGAAGACGUUCCUCAUCAGUUUUCCUGUAUUGUUGCACAUGAGUUUUUCGACGCACUGCCUAUCCACAAAUUUCAGAAAACAAAGGAUGGAUGGAGAGAGGUUCUCGUUGACUUCGACCCAACUGAUGAAAAUAAAUUGCGUUAUGUAAUAUCACGGAUGCCAACCCCCGCAUCUACGAUGUUUGUAAAGAAAGAAGAGACUCGAGAACAUGUUGAGGUUUGUCCUCAAGCUGGAGUCAUAGCGCAACAUUUGGCUACUAGGAUGAGGGAGGACGGAGGUAUUGGUCUCAUCAUCGACUACGGACACUCGGGGGAGAAAACAGACACAUUCAGAGCUUUUAGACAACACAAGCUGCAUGACGCACUGGAAGAGCCUGGCACUGCAGACCUUACAGCUGAUGUUGACUUUGGCUUCCUCAAGGAGAAAGUCUCGGAUCAGCUGUUCACCCUGGGACCUGUCACUCAGAGGGACUUCUUGUUACAGAUACACAUCGAGAAACGCCUUGAGGUGCUGUUAAAAAGUUGUAAAGAUGAAGAAAAGAAGGCCGAGCUCAAGAGUGGAUUUUCAAUGAUAACUGAUGAAGACAAAAUGGGAAACUGUUUUAAGUUUUUUGCACUUUACCCACUUGUGCUCAAGAACUUUCUUCUAAAACUCCCGCCUCCUGGGUUUAUACCGCCCGAGAAGCUUUCUCUCCUUGAAUAAUCUUUUACCUAAGAUUAGUCACUGUACCUGAGUGAAUUUGUUGCAUAGGGUCCUAGAAGAUAAUUUCCAAAGGUAAAAAUGCCAAUGAUACAAUUUACAAAGCUGUUCCCUAAAAAUAGCUUCAGGGGGAUAUUUUUGUUCUGCUGUAUUUGGUUCUGUUUCUUAUAUGAGCUGCACAAUGCCCAAGUCAGUUUAAGUAACAGAAUCUAUUAUAGGAAAUUGUAUUGAAAUAUACAAUUGUCUUGUUAAUUAGUUAAGUUGGCAUGAAAGUAGUGUUUUAUAAAAAUAGAUUCAGUGUUGCCACUUUUGACUAUUAACCCUUUCAAUUUUUGCAAAAUAGAAAAAAAUUCAAUUUUGACUUGGCUGAAACAGCCCAAAAAUCUACAAUGGACGUUGCAGCACUUGCCUUACGCUGUUAGGUAUUUGAUGUGGGACUCUUUAUGUGAUACAUACACCUGAGUUUAUAUUUUGUUACAAAGUCGAAAGUGA